AUGGAAGAUGCAGCCGAGUCUGGGUCCCCAACGCCCCCGCACCAGAACCCCAUCCCGACCGCAAUGGAGAGCUCGGACAUCUCCAGCUCCGAGGAACAUGAGCAUGCGCCCAGCGACACAACAGACGAACCUCACCUUGUCAUUCGCUUGAUUCAAUGUCACCACUGUGCUCGGCCCUUACGUACCCCGCUUCGACUUCCGUGCGGCAAUACCGUAUGUCGGGAAUGUUUACCCCCGGUCCGGCAGCGGACUGGUAUUACAUACCCCGUGGCUGAGGGGAGGGAGCAGGGGUUUACAUGCUACUGGGAAGGGACUGAUAGGUGUGUCGGAGAGCAUUGUGUUGGGGAUUGUGGCGUUGAUGUCUUGCUUGGGAAGCUGGCUGGUGUUUUUGGGGGUGUACUGGCUGGGCCAGACAACAUCUCUCAAGACGUCUCAAAUGAUGAUGGUCGAAGCUUGCUAUGGAGAUCCAGUGAGAAGGGCCGAGUUGAAAUUGCACACUUGAAGCGGCGUGGGUGGCUAGAGGGCAUCUACGCCUUGGCACUGGAAGGCCGACUCCCUUCUGAUGCAUCUGAGGUCGUCUAUAAAGAUCCCCAGAUUGCAGAUGGACACGCAGAAUCGCGAGAUCUCGUGCACUACCAAGCGUUACGGGAUAGUCUCCGUGCCGAGCUUGACUGCCAGGUCUGCUAUGCGCUUAUCCUUGACCCGAUGACUACUCCUUGCGGUCAUACCUUCUGCCAGAAAUGUGUCGCGCGAGUCCUGGAUCAUACUGAUCUAUGUCCGAUCUGUCGUCGAAAGCUUGGCAUGCCAACUUCGCUGAAAGAAGAGCCUAUGAAUAGGGCUGUAGCGCACCUGAUCGAUCAGUUCUUCCCUGAACAGGUUGCAACUCGGCGGGAAACUGUUGCCCAGGAUGAGAUGGGCACCGACCUUGACAAGAAUCUACCCUUGUUCGUGUGUACGCUGUCAUUUCCUACGAUGCCCACUUUCCUUCAUGUCUUCGAGGCUCGGUACCGGCUUAUGAUUCGACGGGUGGUCGAAAAUGGAAACGGAAAAUUCGGCAUGGUCAUGGUGAACCGCCGCAGCCGGACGCAGCCAGGACAACUCGAGAAUGCUCCAUUUAUGCAGUACGGGACACUAUUGAUGAUCGAACGCUAUGAGCUGCUUCCAGAUGGUCGCAGUCUCGUGGUGGCUACAGGCAUAUCGCGGUUCAAAAUCCUUGACUCCUCAAUGCUUGAUGGAUAUCAUGUUGCUAAAACAGAGCGCGUGGAUGAUAUCUCACUCGCAGAGGAAGAGCGGCUCGAGUCGAUGGAAACCUCUGCAGAAAGUACAGAGCCUUUACCCGAAGGAAAUACCGCUGAGCCUUCAUUAGACUCUAUGUCAACUCAGCAGCUUCUCCUCACGGCGAGAGAAUUCCUCACCAACCAGCGCAGAUCAGGUGCACCUUGGCUGCAUCCGCGGGUUAUGCUCGCAUAUGGACCCAUUCCCACAGAUGCAUCCCGCUUUCCUUGGUGGUUUGCCAGCAUCAUGCCCAUCUCCGAGGAAGAGAAGUACCGGAUUCUCACCGCAACCAGCGUUCGAGAGAGACUCAAAAUCUCGGCAAGAUGGGCAAGGCAACUUGAAGCGCGGGACUGGUCGACCCGUUCAUCGCUAUACUCUGUCUUGUGA